GUGCCUGUGCCUGUGUUUGUGCCUUCAGUGUGUGUGGCAUGUUGUCCGUCUGUUAAUAAUCCAAGCUUUUUUUAAAUCACAUUUUAUCGCUUCACCAAGAAUUAUAAUUGUCACUUUAGUGUAAGUUUAUUUGAAACAAUAUAUUACAUUUUCGGCAGCGGAUAGAGUCAUACGCCCUACGCUGUAAUUUGUCAACCUGAACUGUGAAUAUGUUUUAUUUUUGAACAGUUUCUCGCUUUGUUCUAAUAAGACAUGUUAACUUUUGUUUUUUAAUAUAUGAUAAGCAUUAUUGCAAGUGUGUGGUGUCGUGUAUUGCCGUUAUUUUGAGUCCAUCAUGCCGACAAGUGCAGUGUAUCAACCUACUACAGUAACAUACGAACAACAACCGAAUGACCAACGAUGGAAUUGUCCUAUGAGUUACUUCUCACGACGUGUGACGAGUAGUCUCAAUAGGACAAAUUGCAUAAGAAUCGGCUUAUGUCUCCUGGGCAGCAUACUUUUCAUUAUUGGUCUAGCGCUGGCUAUAGCGGGAGGUGUCCAAUACUCGAGUGCGUCGCCAUCGGACUCGCCUGAAACCCCAGAAUGUGGACUCCGCACUUUAAUAGCCGGUGGAGUCACACUUUGUUUGGGUCUACUUUUUGCUGGAAUAGGCGGUUGGGCGUGGACAUCUAGGUGGGGUGGUGGCAAGGAAGCUCCGUCGAGCGGAGCCGCGGCUCUCACUGCGCUGAAUCCAUCCACCGACCCUCUAGUGGCGGCACAGUACGCGCCAGUAAGAGAUGCACCACCAGCACCCGAUGAUGAGAUGCGCAACCUCAUGGACAAUAAGGAAUGUUUAAGUAGUGCCGAAGAAAGUGACAAAAUGCUAGACGGACGACCGUCUGUGGCGUAAAAAUCUACAACAGUACAUCACAAUACCACGAGCUUAGGCUAGUCUAAAGUUUACUCCCUAAAAGUCAUCGUAGCUCUUAACCACACGGCAUCUGAUCCCUAUAUCAUCGUAUCUUUACUCGACGUUUACUUGUCAAUAACUCUCUCAUCUGUCACCCUUGAUGAAGAACUUAGAAAUAAUCAGUCAUUCUAAUAUUAACGGCCCGUGAGUGAUCUAGCAAACAGCGUCCAUAAAAAAAAUUAACUGCUCCAAGAGCGGUAAUCAUAUGCCGGGUCGCUUUAAAGAGCUACGCAUGAUCUCACAUUGAAUAGCAUGAUCGAGCAGUACCGAUUCUAACGGUGGGCAUAAAAUUUGUAAACUUUAUUUAUAUGGUGAAACUUUAUCGAUAAUUAAUCUAAUAUUUGAGUGCUGCUCUAUCGUGUUGAUGUCUAUAAUAUAUAAAGGGUUGCAUUUGAAGGUACAAAGUAUCAAAAGGUCUCAAUAAACGUAUAACGCAGGCAAAAGACGCAUAGGUAUUUAUUAAGAAAAAUAUUUACGUAUCAAGUAAAAACUAAUGCUUAAUGUCGAUAAAUAUUAUUCAUUUGCUGAUGCUAAUGCUUCUUUUUUUUUAAAAAAAAAACGAAAGUAUUUAUUAUAUUCUGAGCACAAACAUCACAGAAUUAUGCACUUUGCAUGUUGUAUAAUAAAAAUUAUUUUAUUUUUAUAUCACACCUUAGGUGUAUCUUUAUUUGCAAUAUAUAUGCUUUGGUAAUAUUUGUCUUAAUUAAUUAAUUAAACUAAUUAGUAAAAGACAAGUGGCCAAAUUAUCGUCCAGAUUAGAAUUAGGAUUUAUUGUGGAUAUUAUAAUAUAUGCACAGUUUUGAGAAGUACUAUAUUUUCCCCUGAUUAAAUUAUUUAUCUAUGUUUAUAUUAAUAAUAUAACAGGAAAUGAUAAUUAAUUAUUAGAUUAUAAACGUUAAUAAAAUACGAAUAACGUAUUCUUAUUUAAGUUUUUGUUUUUCAUUUCAAUAUGAAUUAAUAAAAUUUGGUAGGGUUGUGCUCAAAGUUGUGUUAGCAUAGCCCUUUGUCACAGUUUAUCCAUUUUAUGUAUGUUUUUUAAAAAAAGCUUAUUAAUUUUAUUUUGAUACCGUCCUAUAUGUAGUUUUAAGAAAAUGAAAGUACUUGUAAUCCUAGUAUUUAAACAAUUUAAAGUAAGAUCAUUAUUAUGUGUGAUAAACUGGUUUAAUAUUACGUUUAACAGUAGAUUAAAUGGCAUUUACUUAAAUAUUAGCAAUUGUUAAAAAAUAAAAUUCACAUAGACAGAAAUCGGUAAAUGUCUUGAUGUCAAGUCCGACUUUUGCUAUUUUCUUGGAAUGCAAUAAUGGAUAAGCUCUCUUCUUCAUCAACAAAUAUUUUAUUAUUGAUGUCAUUAAUUAAGAUUAAUGAACUGGGUACAAUAUAUUAAUUUUAUAUUUGGGUAUGUAUUAUAUAUACCCAUUUAAAGUAUUUUUGGUUGGAGGACUUUACGCAAUAUUUUCUGAGUAAUACUAAACAAUUAAAAAAUUAUGAAAGUUGUAUCACAUUUAUUAAGCAUCAAGUAAUUAUUUUGUUUAACUUCAACUGAGUGUAGCCAACCUAUAUACAAAAAGAAAACUGUAAGGUCGAGUACAUAACGGAUUACUAUGCAGUACUAACAUUAGUGGGCUAUAGAAGGAACGCAACUAAUAAGAGUUGUGAUAGAGAUAGACCGAAAGAUAUUUUCCAAGGGAACUUAUACCAUUUCAGUGUCGUUAGCCAUAACAAAGGAAGCGAUUAUAAAAAGUAUUACCUCAAUGGAUUUUUAAUUAAAAAAUAUAUUUUAAAUGCCUUCUCUUAAUCUUUUUCUCUAUUUAUACUUAUUUAUUUUGUUUAUAUUUUAAAUUAUGGAAGUACUACUUAAUUUAAAGUACUUAAAAUAUUUUUACCUGUCUACAUAAUUUUUAUGUGUACUUAACGAUUACGAUUUCAUGUUUUAAAUAUAAAUAAAUGUAAGUCAUCU